AUCUGAAAGUCAGUAAAUCAGGACGGAGGAGGACGUGUCCAUCUCAGGACCUCCCCUAUCCUCCGUCUCCAUGACUACAGUCGUGAUAGUUGGAAGAGGAGGAUGAAGAGGAGGUUGGGAGGGGGAGAGAGGUGCAUGCGUAGCGGAGACAGGUGUUGCUGGGGUUUGCGCAUCGCCCGCGAGAGCGUCAGGCAGCAUGGGAGCCCACUUAGCGCCAGCCCUCCCCAGUGUCCCAUGUAUUCCGCAGUUUUGCUUUUCAAAACACGGAGUUUGAUUAAAACGCGCCUGGGAGCAGCUGAACGCCGCCAUGGUGCACCACUCGGGAUCCAUACAGUCCUUCAAGCAGCAGAAAGGCAUGCACACCAGCAUCAGUGAGAUCCUGAAGGAGAAAAGCCUAAAGCCGUCUCGCCGCAGCCUGCCCUGCCUGGCACAGAGUCAGACUCAUCCCAUCAACCUCAACCACUUCCUGUCUGUACCUCUGAGCCCAGAUCCCAAACCAGAUGUGGAGGACUUGAGUCAGAGCAUCAGCACCUCCUGCAGCCUCCUCCCCCCACAGACAAAAGAUGUCAAAGAUACCUACGUGGAGGAGACUGAAGUGAGCACGAAUGAAACCAGAGCAGACCCAACCUUCCUGCUUCAGAAGCCCAUCAGCCGUGCAAAAUUAGGAACUCGCACAGAUUCACUUCAGGAAAAGAAUCGAUCCGACUCCUCUGGGCUGUUUUUCCGAGAUGGAAAAAAGAGGAUUGAUUACAUCCUGGUUUACAAGAAGUCCAGCCCACAGGUGGAAAAGAGGUGCACGUUUGAGAAGAACCUACGAGCCGAGGGCCUCAUGCUGGAGAAGGAGCCCUCAAUGACAAACAAUGACAUCAUGUUUGUGAAGAUCCACGCUCCGUGGGACACGCUCUGCAAAUAUGCAGAGCAGAUGAACAUCCGAAUGCCUUUCAGAAAAAAAUGCUACUUUACAGAUUGGAAGCGCAAAACCCUGGGAAGCAGGUUUCAUCUGAGAUGUCAGCAGAUAAAAGGCUGGCUUCCCAAAAAUCCUAUGAAACUGGACAAAGAGGCUCUGCCUGACCUGGAGGAAACAGACUGCUACACAGCUCCCUUCAGCAGAGCACGCAUGCAUCAUUUCACCAUCAACAACAGAGAGACGUUCUUCUCAAACUCCACCAGAAGCAGGAUAGUCCAUCAUGUGCUGCAGCGUACCAAGUACGAAGACGGGAAAUCAAAGAUGGGCAUCAACCGUUUACUGGGCAACAACACGUACGAGGCGGCGUUUCCUCCACAUGAGGGUGGUUACAAGAGCAGACAUCCAAUUAAAACACACGGUGCUCAGAACCACAGGCAUCUUCUGUAUGAGCGCUGGGCUCGCUGGGGGAUCUGGUACAAGUAUCAGCCUCUGGACCUCAUCAGGCGCUACUUUGGAGAGAAGAUCGGUCUUUACUUUGCGUGGUUGGGCUGGUACACUGGCAUGUUAAUUCCUGCAGCUCUGGUUGGUGUUUUUGUCUUCCUGUAUGGACUCUUCACUAUGGACUCCAGCCAAGUCAGCAAGGAGAUUUGUGAAGCCAACAGCACUAUCAUGUGUCCGAUGUGUGAGGAGACCUGUGAGCCAUGGACACUGAGUGACAGCUGUGUUUACGCAAAGGUGACGCGUCUGUUUGAUAAUGGUGGGACCGUGUUCUUUGCUAUCUUCAUGGCUAUUUGGGCAACCGUAUUCCUGGAGUUUUGGAAAAGGAGACGGGCAGAACUGACCUAUGACUGGGAUCUUAUUGACUGGGAAGAGGAGGAGGAGGAGCUAAGGCCCCAGUUUGAAGCCAAAUACUCCAGGUUGGAGAGAGUUAAUCCCAUCUCUGGGAAGCCUGAGCCUUUCCAGCCCUUCUCGGACAAACUCAGCCGACUCUUGGUGUCGGUGUCUGGAAUAUUCUUCAUGAUCUCCCUUGUUCUCACAGCCGUGUUCGCUGUGGUGGUGUUCCGCCUCAUCGCCAUGGAGAAGUUUGCAUCCUUCAACUGGAAUUUUGUUAAGAAGAACUGGCAGUUUGCCACUUCUGGCACCGGCGUCUGCAUCAACUUCAUGAUCAUCAUGUCUCUCAACGUGGUUUAUGAAAAGGUGGCAUACCUGCUAACAAAUUUAGAGCACCCACGCACCGAGUCUGAGUGGGAGAACAGUUUUGCUCUGAAGAUGUUUCUGUUCCAGUUUGUGAAUUUGAACAGCUCCACCUUUUACAUCGCUUUCUUUCUCGGAAGGUUUGCUGGCAGGCCUGGAAAAUACAAUAAACUCUUCAAUCGAUGGAGACUGGAGGAGUGUCACCCCAGCGGCUGUUUGAUUGAUCUGUGUUUGCAAAUGGGAGUCAUCAUGUUCUUCAAGCAGAUCUGGAAUAACUUCAUGGAGCUUGGUUAUCCCUUGCUGCAGAACUGGUGGUCUCGUAGAAAAAUGAAGAAAGGUGGAGGAGGAGGAGGGCAGAAUGUGGAGAAUAAAAGUCAGCUUCCACAGUGGGACAAAGACUGGAAUCUACAGCCAAUGAAUGCCCACGGUCUGGUGGAUGAAUACCUGGAAAUGGUUCUCCAGUUUGGCUUCACCACCAUCUUCGUAGCAGCUUUCCCGCUGGCUCCCCUCCUCGCUCUGCUCAACAACAUCAUCGAGAUUCGUCUGGACGCCUACAAGUUUGUCACUCAGUGGAGGAGACCCAUGCCGGCGCGAGCGACAGAUAUAGGUAUCUGGCACGGGAUCCUCGAAGGUAUUGGAGUCCUGGCAGUCAUCACCAAUGCCUUCGUCAUCGCCAUCACCUCUGACUACAUCCCUCGCUUUGUCUACGCCUUCAAAUACGGACCCUGCGUGGACAAAGGCCACCACCAUGCAGAUGAGUGCCUGAGAGGCUACAUGAACAGCAGCCUGUCUGUGUUUGACAUGUGGGAUCUGAAGAACAGCAGCAAGGACCGAUACUGCAGGUACAGGGACUACAGAGCUCCUCCCUGGAGCUCGGCGCCCUACGAAUUCACCCUGCAGUUCUGGCACGUCUUAGCUGCCAGGCUAGCAUUCAUCAUCGUCUUUGAGCACCUUGUGUUUGGGAUCAAGUCCUUCAUUGCGUACCUCAUCCCGGACAUGCCGAAGGAUCUCUGUGAUCGCAUGAGGAGGGAAAAGUACCUGAUGCAGGAGAUGAUGUAUGAAGCAGAACUGGAGCAUCUCCAGAAGGAGAGGAAAAAGAACGGGAAACGUUAUCACCACGAGUGGCCUUAGUUUUAGUUUCAUGUGUUUGCUACGCAUCACCUAGCCCUUGGCUCACAGGCACAGCCGCCGCUCUGCCUGCUUAUUUAUCUCAUUCAGCUUUGAGAGUGUGGCUUUGCUCGGCUGAUUGAUUCUCUACACCAAAGACAUUCUCUCCAGCGGCUCUUCCUUAGAGAGCUAAGACCCACGUGUUCUAUGUUUUGGUUUCUUGUAGUCCCUCACCCGGCCCCAUCUAGCAGGUUGCCCUUGGGUCUGUACUGUGUCAUGGCUUCAGUGAACCAAACAUUUGCAAUUGUAAUGUUUACUAUGCAGAUCAAGGGCUGCAGAUCAGCGCUCUUUUGUUUAUGGCACCCAUCCAGCACUCUCUCUCCCUCUCUGUGUGGCAGCUAGCACUUUGCAGCAUGUUUCCCUCCUGUCGCCGUAUGUGACUCAGCUCUUGGCGUUUAGUUGUUGCAGAGUAAUCCUGGUGAUGUGGCUACCAAAUAAAACUGAUGCUGCUGUAACAGCAGCAUCACUGCUGAAGCAUGCUGAUUGAUAUUUGCAGAUAUUUCAUCAACUGCAAAGAAAGUGCACCAACAGUGGAAGCACUUAAUGUUGAGGAUGUUGGCAUCCAUUCUGUGCGUUUGACAAACAAUUCUCUCAAAUCUCUAAUGUGCAUGGUAAUCCUGUUUUGUACCUUUUGAUAGAAAAACUCCUCAUCCUGAUGCCUGAUUCACGUGUGUGUGUUUGAGUGUGUGUGAUAUUUUCUGUGCUACUGCUGCAUUUGACUGUUUAGAGUUGAGGAAAUGUAAACUUUGUGCAAAAUUGAUUGUGCCUACCAUGGAGCUAAAUUCUUGUGCAUCACAGUUGUGUCACCAACAUUUUGCGUAGCCAAAUGCAACAAAUAUUUUCUCUCAUUGUUCUCCAGUCUGCUUUGAACACCGUGAACUCUCCUGUUAAGGUUGUUUUGAAUAUGAGUCACGCUGCAGUACCUACCUAUCUCAGCAGGCGGUAACACCAUAUUGUAACACAAACACCGUGCAUCACCCAGGAUCCAAAAAUCUGCUCUUCCGAUCUUCUCUUCUCAGCCUGUUUUUCAUUUGCUGUUGGAAGCUCUGAAGUGUGGUUGAAACUUGGAGAUCUUGGACAUAACUGUGGCUUGGAUGUUCAGUUUUGCAAAGAAUGUCUGUUCACUGUUUUUAACUCGUAACACAAGAACUGCAAGCUUCUGUUUGUCUAUCAAGCACAGAUCUGGCUGCUGGCUGAAACCAGGGCUGGAGUCGUUUGCUAGAUGCAGCGUUGUGACAUUGCCUUUUGUUGUUGUCACUGGGGAAGUCAUGGAUCAGAACAGCGUGUUUGGGCCCAGAGAACUCAGGAAGAAAGUUCUCAUGACUGAUAUUUGGUCAUGAGAGUCAGGGAGGAUCAGAAAUACUCACACCAGUCAAGCUGAGGAGAGCUGACCAGCACUAAUGUGUUUUUACUUAUUUGUUAACCAAAACACCAAAGGAGACAGGUUGUAUCGGUCAGCUGAUGGGAAACGUAAACAAUGUUAUGCACAGAAAACACAAACGCUGCAUAAAUGUGACACGCAAAAGUAUCAAACAUCCUGGACUCAUCACACAGCUGUUUACAAUUAUUAUUGUUCUUAUUAUGCUUUAGUAUAUUUUUUGUCCUUGAAGUUUUUCAUAUUUAUUUUUGCAUUAUGUUUAUAAUUUUUCAUCUUCUCAUCCUCAGACAGACAAAGUAACGUCCACAUUACUCAGGUGUCCUCUGAAUGUUUGUCCUCCCAAAGUUUACUAAAAGAUGCAAUUAAUCCUGCUUUCGUUUUAGUCACACACCUUUGUACUGCAGUGCUUUUGCUUGACUGAUAUGCACACUGUCCUGAACUUUUAAGUUACGCUGCGCUUUGUAUAUUAAAGCAGAAAUCAUACAAUAUAUUCAUACGGUGCCCUUCAUGGAAACCUGCAGGUCAUCAUGAAUAAAUGAUGCUUUCAGGUCUUUCAGUCCCACCACUUAUGGUUUCAUUGCUUUUAAAUCAGUGCUUAAAAGUUUUCCGAGUAUCUUCCUGUUAUGUGAACAUAAAAAAUCUAUGCAUGUUAUCCUUGAAUGCUACAUUUAUUUGAUCAGAAACAGAUGUAAAUGUGCAUUUGUACUGUAGAGUAUGCACGUCUUAACAGCUGCUUUCAGCGGAGCUCACUUCUGUAAAGGUGUUAACAGCGUCUUCAACAUAUCACCUCAGAUUCUGGCAGCAUUGAUCAUUUCUGGACUGGAUUUUAUACUGAAGGAACAUUUUCUAAAUGACAGCUCGGACUCCACACUGCUGAACGUCAUCAGUUCUGGAGAUUCACGGAGAGUUCGAAUGUGAACUGGGAACAGUAACGAUGUAAAGCUAUUUAACCCUGAGGGGAGACCGGUGGUUUUAAUGAAUAACUAACGGCAUAAUCAUGGAUGUCUGACUCGCUCUGCUACUAAUCAUUUCCAAAUGGAUCUUUAUUAGUAAACCUUCAAUGUUAAUGCUGCACAGUGGUUGAAAAGUGGUUCUGAAAAGCCUUCCACCAUUGGCAAAAGCACAAUAUGAGUGUUGUAUGAGUAACAAUGGUGUGACCUUGCACAUAUCUGAAAAAGCUGUCUGCGGAGAUGAGAAGCUUCCUGUUGUAUGCCACGUCUCCUGUUGGGAUUGUGUAGUUGAUGUGGAAGCACAGUGACGUCAGCUCAUGGAUUUACUUGUUUAAUGGGAUGAUAUGAGUCGUGACAUGAAUAGCUUUGUUUACUUCAUUCCUGUUUACAUGUAAAAACAGUUAAAUGUACAAACAAUGAUGUAACAUAAAAUACUUUGGAUAUCACUCUUUUCUGUAAUAAAUCAUGGAUUGUAACUUUUAA